UAAGUUCAUCUGAAGACACCGGGGAAGAGGUUCUGCUGUUUUUAAUGGCUUUCGAAGUUCUACAGAGGAAAGGAUAGUCUAGUUUGCUUUGGAAUCACAUAUUUCGACAUCAAGCGCCUUUGGAAAAUUAGACGAACAAUUCGAGAGAAAAUGGCGCUGCCCAAAGGUUCUCCAUUCUCAACUUAUGCACCUUCGGCAAGUGACAGGUUGGAUCCAACCCCGUCAUCGGAAGACAGCAAUGUCACUUAUGGACUUAUCACCAACUCGACUCCAGCCCCGACGGUCUGGUACCCCAAGCGAGACGAGCAGCUUGCCACUGGCGAGAUUCUCAUCUCGGCAUCCAUCUGCUUCAUGGCGAUCCUCGGGAACUCCAUUGUGAUCGCGGUCCUGUGGCGUCGACGCAAGAGUCUCUCCCGUAUGCAUUAUUUCAUUAUCCAUCUCUGUAUCGCCGAUCUGACCGUGGCGUUUUUCCACACCUUUCCGCAAAUGAUCUGGGAUAUCACUUAUAAGUUUAACGCCCCGGAUGCCAUCUGCAGGCUUGUCAAGUUCUUCCAGUUGUUCCCAGUCUACCUGUCCACUUACAUCCUCGUCAUGACGGCUAUAGACAGGUACCUGGCUAUUUGUCACCCGUUGAUGGGGUUGCGUGGCAACAACAACAAGCGCAUGCGCCUGAUGGUCAUCACCGCGUGGAUCAUAUCGGCCGUGUGCAGCAUGCCGCAGUUGUGGUUCUUCAAGUUGAAGAAUCGCACCCGUGGGCCAGGGGCGGUCUGGAUGGACUGUCGCGCUAACUUCCCCAGUGUCAGUGUCGUCACUGCUUACGUGACCUUCUUCACCAUGGCAAUCUACGUCAUCCCAAGUCUCAUCCUAGCCGGAAUGUACGGGAUGAUCUGCCUGACCGUCUGGAAGAACAUGGACAAGCAGUACAAGUCCCCAGGCAAGAAGCUCACAUCGGUGUCGCAGAAGGACAACAACAAUUGGGAAGACGACGAGACGGACAAACUCAAUCCAGAACACGUGGAGCUGCAGCAGACGAACGCCGCCAAGAGGGAGAACGAGGCCAACCAAAAGCCGCAGAUGCUGUACCGGCGCCACGGCGCGGCGGGCAAAGUUUCGCGCGCAAAGAUCAAGACUGUCAAGAUGACGUUGACGAUCGUGACAGUGUAUGUGGUCACAUGGGCACCUUUCUUCAUUGCACAGAUGCUGUCUGUAUGGGCCCCAUGGCUUAACUUUGAAGCACUCUUCUUCACCAUUUCUUUGCUGCUAAUCAGUCUCACAAGUUGCGUCAAUCCGUGGAUAUACUUCGCGUUCUCAAGCAACGCCAUCCGGGACAUCCAACAGGCAUUCGGCUGUUCCAAUCUCUUCCGGAGGGAGAACGGUCUGGCUUCGGACCGGACUCACCACGAUGACACGUCCAGUCGCUACGUGUCAACCACCGGCACAGCGGCUGCCUCGAUGUAGACAGGGGUCAUCAAUUGAGGGCGGCAUUGGGGCGAGACAACCCAUUCAUCAUUUGUGUCGGCGAAGGUGUCGUUCCAAUUGUGUCGCUCUUGUCUGUUAAAAGACAACUGCCGACAGGAAAGGUCGUAUUUAACAGCGCCACCUUGUGUCAGAUAGCAUCAAGUCCCAUUCAUCUUGUGUAUAGCGCCACCUGGUGGUAGAUGAUGGAUAGCCAACGGUUUUUCGAAUGUCCGGCCGUUCGUAAUUUUAAGAAAAACAUUUCUGGUGACGUUUCUGCCCAUCAUGGUCAUUGAUAAAAUAAACCGUUGGCUAGACGCCAAAAAUACACAUUGAUUUAGUCUGGCGACGCGUCGCCCGUCCAUGUGCGACAAUGAGAGCAGCAACUACACUACACCUGCAGCAAAGGUGCAACGAGGUGGCACAUAAAGGUGUCCCAGGUGCAGGUGCUGACCUUUGCAGUGUUUGACUCAGUGUAUAGGCGUUACCAUUGAGCACCGAGGCAAGUCUCGAAUUAGGUGAUGUGUCUCUAAGGCAAAACAAAAAAGAAAGAUUCUUUUCGCCCAAAUCUUCGCAAUUAUAGCUUUCUCAAUAUUGAAUUAUACUCCCCUUCCAUCAAGAGUAAUUUCUGCGAAGUUUGA